CCGAGAGCUCCCAAGGUAGCAGCGCGGCUCCCCACCUCCCCACCACAUCCCGCCGGUCGCCUCGCCGCUCGCCGCCGCCACUGCCGAGAUGGGGUUCGUGUCCUUCAUCGGGAGGGUCCUCUUCGCCUCCGUCUUCCUCCUAUCCGCCUACCAGGAGUUCAAUGAAUUUGGAACUGAUGGUGGGCCAGCUGCCAAGGCUCUUAAGCCUAAGUUCAACAGUUUCACCAAAAAUAUUUCUGCGCAACUGGGAGUUGUGGUGCCCCAUGUUGAGUUGAAGCAUGUCAUUGCUGCUACCAUUGGCCUGAAGGGUCUGGGAGGUCUCCUGUUCAUUGUUAGCAGCCAGUUUGGGGCUUAUCUCCUGGCGCUCUACCUUGCGUUCAUCACCCCUGUUGUCUACGACUUCUACAACUACGACAUGGAGAGGGCUGAGUUCGUGCAACUCUUCAUCAAAUUCACACAGAACGUGGCACUCUUUGGAGCCCUCCUCUUCUUCCUCGGCAUGAAGAACUCCAUCCCCAAGAGGCAGCCCAAGAAGAAGACAGCCAAGUCCAAGACUAACUAGAACAUUUCAGAUAGCUCUUGCUGUAGCGGCCUAAGGCUUUGUGGAGGAGACGGUCUUAUUUAACAAGCUACCGUACCUGUUCCUGUUCCGCUCCUUAUAUGUAACAGAUGAUCAGAUCCUUUUUGAAGGGUGUGGGUGGUUACCCUUGAGGUGUGGGUGGCGGUUUAGAGAUACUAGAUUGUAUCACUAUUAUGUACUCCGAUUUGUUUGGUGUAGGCUGCAAGGUCUUAAGAUUAUCCAUUUAUUUACUUUGUGACCAGUCUUGUCACUUGAGA